ACACUUUCCAGAACAUUCAAAAAUAUUUGAACGAUACAGAUCAAAAUCUCCCGCACACGAUUGAAUAUUCGGUUUCCGUUACUAUUGACGCACCAAAGUCUUUAGAGAGAAAACUGGCACCUGUAAUGGAGAAGCUACCUUGAUUUUGUUGCAAGUUGUGAUGGAUACAUUACUUAUGACUAUAUGAAAUGCCAGGAACAGAGUAGCAAGAGAAGAGCUGUAGAAUGGCUUCAUAUAUUAAGAAGAUCCUGGGCACCAUCCAAGUUCCUUUGGGAUGACUGGCUCCCUGACUGUCUGACUCACAUGCACCACCUCAGAUCCGAAAGCUCUGGGAACUGGAAUUAGCUUCAGCAGUGGCUGCAGCUGUAUGGGAAAACAGAACUGGCAUUUGGCACUCAAGAAGGAAAUAAAGACAAGAUGGGCUGUGUUCUGCUGUUACUACUAUUUUCCAUUCCUUUCUUUCAUCUCAUUCAUGGGAUAGAUAUAGAAGAAGAUUUUAUUUGGCAGUUAAAGAAAUUACCCAAGAUUGUGAAGGAAAAGACUUUCUCCCUGGAUACUCCUAAAUUUGAAGGAGAAGGGAAGUUGGAGUUGAGUGGCGUCUGUGGGAUCGAAUGCCAAAGGACACUCCCCGCACCACGCUUAGCUGACCUGAAUGAGUUGCUCUCCUAUGAGACCACCUUUGAGAAUGGCACAAGGACCCUGACGGAAGUGAAUGUCCUGGGGAUAGAGCCUGACGCAGCACCAAAUGCUACCUCCAAGGGCCUGUCAAGAAGGAAGAGACAGGUCUAUGGGACAGACAGCAGGUUCAGCAUUUCCGACACACGGUUUCUGACCAACUACCCUUUCAACACAGCUGUUAAGAUCUCCACAGGCUGCAGUGGCAUCCUGAUUUCCCCAAAGCAUGUGCUCACAGCUGCUCACUGUGUGCACGAUGGCAAAGAUUACAUAAAAGGCAGCAAGAAGCUGAGGGUGGGGUUGCUGAAGCUGAAAUCCAAAGGCAGUGGCAAGAGACGUCGAGGUGCUGCCAGGAGAAGCAAGAGGGAGGCGCCGGAGGUUGAGGUUCACCAAGCUGAUGCUAAACGAUCUCGACGGAGGUCUGGCAGCAGUCGAGCUGGCAGAAAACAAAAGACGUCUGGGUUGGAUGAGAAGAAAACUGAGCGAAAACCUUCUUUCCAGUGGACCAGAGUUAAAAGUACUCAGAUCCCCAAAGGCUGGUUGAGAGGUGUAACUGGAGAUGUUGCAGUAGAUUAUGAUUAUGCCGUUCUGGAGCUCAAGCGUCCCCAUAAAAAGAAAUACAUGGAUCUGGGCAUCAGCCCAGCUAGUAAAAUGAUGCCUGGAAGCAUGAUCCACUUUUCUGGCUAUGAUUCUGAUCGAUCUGGCCAGCUGGUCUACCGGUUCUGCAGUGUUUCAGAGGAAUCCAAUGAUCUCUUCUACCAGUAUUGUGAUGCUGAGUCGGGCUCUACGGGAUCAGGAAUCUACCUGCGUCUCAAGGAGCCCAACGAGAAGAAAUGGAAGCGCAAAAUUAUUGCCAUUUAUUCGGGUCAUCAAUGGGUGGAUGUCAAUGGAGAACAGCAGGAUUACAAUGUCGCAGUUCGAAUUACUCCCCUCAAAUAUGCCCAGAUAUGCCUCUGGAUAAAUGGGAAUGAGAACUGUGCCCAGGGGUGACAACAUCCGAUACAUGGUCCCCUAGUAUGGAAUGGUGCUAUAUAGAGAAGGCCUGCUGGACAUUGACUUGGGUCUGAUUUUGGUUGAACUUGAAACCAGCAAAUACCCUAUAAUAAACUGAGAAACUUAAAGCAUUUGUACAGCACUUACCAGGAUAUUUCAAGUGAGUUUUUUAAAUUGACCGUAGACAUGAGGUGCACUUAAAAUCUCCAAUUGUAUUACUGUAUUUAUUGUUUUUAUAUUGUGGUAAAUGUGAGUCUUUCCUACUCUACAGCAAAAAAUAAUGGCUCCUUGUUUGCUUGCAUUUUUUUGAAGAGCAGUAUCUUCUCUUGCAAUCGGUACUCUUAAAAUAUAGGAUUAUUUUGUUUUCAACUUAUUUGCUUGUCUCAGGGGUUUUGCAUCAAUAAGCAUUUUUCUAUUAAUGCAGAUUACUUUAUAGUAUCUGCUGGACUAUCCAAAUUGUUAAACACUGGGAUAAGACAAGGAAGAAAGUUUUCCCAUAGUACUUACUGCAGAGUCUAUACAAUGCAGAUCAUACCAUUAAGGUACUGUACCAUAGAUAAUAUAGCUAAGCACAGCAGUUCCUUUGAUACUAAAAGUGGGAAUGAUGAAUGUACCACCCAAGAAGGAAAGCCAUGAUUACAAUGUAAUGCUUGUAAACCUAAUUUUAAAAGUUAUGUAACUCUGGUAAGUAGGAAAGGUGUUUGUUUCAACCAAAUAAUGCUCCUUUUUGCUGAGAGGCAAUAGUGAUAACUACUAAUUCACAAUUACAAACUAAUACAGAGAUAAACAACUGAACAAUCCACAGAUCAUCUUAGUGAAUUAGUAAUCUUGGUUUCAAGAGUGAGGUCAGAAGAAACCAAUUGGUAAAUGUGUCCUUCCAAAAAUAUAGCAAGGGUAAUUUAACAGAGAGAAGGGGAGUUCCGUUCUCUCAGAUGGAAAUAAAACUGGCCCAUCUAUCAAAAUGAAUGAGGCAGGGAAAUCAUUGGGAUAAGAUGACUGUGGUGCUAUGAUUUAACAGUCAAAAACAUAGUAUUUUUAAUCGGAUAUAUGGUAGAGAGGGCAACUUGUCUGGCCUCAGAUGUUGUUGAUUGGCCAUUCUGUGACUGGGUUACUGUUAGUUUUCUGGGCUCUAUGGCCAUGUUCUAGAAGCAUUUUCUCCUGAUGUUUCAUCCACAUCUAUGGCAGGCAUCCUCAGAGAUUGUGAGGUUUGUUGGAAACUAUGCAAGGAGGUUCAUAUAUCUGUGGAAAGUCCAGGGUGGGAGAAAGAACUCUUGUCUGUUUGAGGCAAGUGCAAAUGUUGCAUUAGGCCACCUUAAUUAGCAUUUAAUGGCCUUGCAGCUUCAAAGCCUGGCUGCUUCCUGCCUGAAGGAAUCCUUUGUUGGGAGGUGUUAGCUGGCCCUGAUUGCUUCUUCUCUGGAAUUCCCUAUUUUCUGAAUGUUGUUUUUUAUUUCCUGUCCUGAUUUUUGCGUUUUUUUAAAUACUGGUAGCCAGAUUUUGUUCAUUUUCAUGGUUUCCUCCUUUCUGUUGAAAUUGUCCACAUGAUUGUGGAUUUCAAUGGCUUCUCUGUGUAGUCUGACAUGAUAGUUGUUAGAGUGGUCCAGCAUUUCUGUGUUCUCAAAUAAUAUGCUGUGUCCAGGUUGGUUCAUCAGGUGAUUUGCUAUGGCUGACUUCUCUGGUUGACUUAGUCUGCAAUGCCUUUCGUGUUUCUUGAUUCGUGUUUGGGCAAUGCUGCAUUUGGUGGUUCCUAUGUAGACUUGUCCACAGCUUCAUGGUAUAUGGUAGACUCCUGCAGAGGUGAGAGGAUCCCUCUUGUUCUUUGCUGAACAGAGCAUUUUUGUUAGACUUUCUUAGUGGGUCUGUAGAUAGUUUGUAGGUUGUGUUUCUUCAUCAGCUUCCCAAUUGCAACAUUCACACUUGCCUGAAACAGACAAGAGUUCUUUCUUCCACCCUGGACCUUCCACAGAUAUAUGAACCUCACUUGCCUAGUUUCCAACUGGGCUCACAACCUCUGAGGAUGCCUGCCAUAGAUGAAAAUGCUAUGGAGAAAAUGCUUCUGGAACAUGGCUAUUCAGUCUGGAAAACUCACAGCAACCCAGUGAUGCCGGCCAUGAAAGCCUUAGAUAACGCAUUCUGUAACUCUUUGCCAUUGGUUAUGCUAGAUAUAGCUGAUGGGAGUCAAAGGAAAGCUGAAGGGCCGAUCACCUUUCCAAUCCUCAACUCAUCAAAAAUGAUCAGAACAUUCUUCAGAAUAUGUAGGCCGACUCUUAUGUAAAUAUAUGAGAUAUGUAGCAAAAAACAUUUAGGUUCACUGCAAUUUUUUGAACCAUAACAUUUGCUAGGAAUGCUUUUAAUUUGAGCUUGAAGUAUACAUUUCAUUCAUUUCUUAAAAAGUGUAUGAGCUCAACUUUCUGUUUCAGAUGUACAACAAACCCAAAUCCAGAUGUAUGACAAACCCAACAAAAUGCUCUUUGAUAUGUAACAUUAAGAUGCAUGUUCUAGAUAAUAUAUGCUUGGUUUUAUUAAUAUUACUGUAAUUCAGUUUUUGAUUUGCAUUGUUAACAUUCGUUUUAACAUUCGUUUGUAUUGGUGCUAAAGAUAAAUAUGUGCCUUAAAUUCUGAGUUAUGGCAACCCAACCAUAGGCUGCCUUGGCAAAGUUUAUUCAGAGAAAGUUUGCUAUUGCCUUCCUGAGAGAGUGUGACUGUCUCAGUGUGUUUCCAUGGUCAAAGCAAGGCUUUGAACUGUGGUCUCUUCGAAGGCCAACAUUCAGAACACUCCACCAUGCUGACUAUUCAUUGGACUUCUAAAAAAUGAACUCAUUUUUGUAAAUGAUUGUAAAUUAGUAGCAAAUUUACUACUUUCAAUGAUGUUAUUAUUUCUGUUAUAAUGCAAUAUGUGCAUUUGAAAAGCAUCCGAAACAAAACUAACAUUUAUAAUGGUGGUUCAUAGUAUGUAUUUUCAAACCUUUUCAAUGUAAAUUUUUGUUUUUAAUUUUUUUUAAAAAAAGUUUAAUUGUGAGAAAAGCCAAAUAAACAACAUUGUGCAUCUUCUUGUUCUCAAAACCAGGACAUCAGUAAAGGACAUCAGUAAGAAAAGUAGAAAAGAAAAUGUAUUAAAAAGUAUAGCAGCAGUUGUGGCAAAAGUAUUUAUUUUAUCAUGUCUAAUAAACGUUUACUUUACAUUAAAAUAGUUUUAGACAA